CUAACGAUCCCUACCGCCACAGAAUUUAUUUCGAUCUCCUCUUCAGUUCAUCCCAAGAACCAAAGAAUUUCAAUACGUUUUUGUUCCCAAAGCCAACUAAAAAACAACAAAAACCAGAGAAAAGAAUGACGCAGAGCAAAGUGUUGGUAGGGUUAGGAGUCCAGAAGAAAACAACCGUUAAGCGUAAUAAGAGGAAGAAAAUGAUCAACAAAGUGAUACACUAUCUUACUUCUGACACUUACAUGUUUGCGCCUCUAAUCUCCCACCCACCUCACGCCUUUCGCUCCCCCAUAAAGACACCGACUUCUUCUUCUUCUUCUUCUUCUACUUCAGGAUUGCAAGCAAGGCAACCCAUCGAAGGAAACAGCAAGAGGUUGCUCAACAAUGUUGGGGACUAUCUCAAGUCUGACUCUUACAUGUAUGCUCCCCUGCUUGUUCCGCCACCACAAACCAUUACUAGUACUACGAGCCCUCCAAAAGGGUCGUCUGAGUACCUUGAGAGGGUUGUAACCAUGGCAGUUUCGAAGAAGAAAUUAAUUUUCAUAGACAACAAAUCAAAUGAGCCAAAUGAUCAGCCGUGUGCAAAGGCAAUAGCACGGAAUGAUGCCUCCAAGGGCCACCGUCCUAAAAAAGUCAUUUCAGAGAAGCAGUCUGUAGUGCACAAGGAAACAGUAAAGCACGUGGUUCCCAAUAGUUGUCGCUCAUCGUUGAUGUCAGGUCACCUUUUUUAGCGCAUGAUACUUUGAUAUUUAGUUAUUUACAUAUACACGCAGUUGUAGUUGCAUGCAUUUCCUUUAUACUUCCAUUCACAGCUUAACCCUACUGCAAUCGAUUUGCAAGGAGCUAGCGUACGGGUUACCUGUAUUUGACGUGCAUGUCUGUUUGUUUCUUUGUGCCAGGGGUCAUGUAUAUAUAUCUGGCAUUCUUGUAGUUCGUACAUGGAUCUCUUGAUCAUAGCAAACUGUUGGAAACAAUGAAUAAUACCAAUAAACAUGUGAUCUUAUUGUUC